GCCUAUCGCCUGAAAGAAUCGAGUUAUAACGAUGUCAACAAAGAAUUGACAGAAGGGCACAUGCUGAUUUGCUUAGUUAUACGUACGUAAGACCAUCGUUUAAUGCUUGUUGAUGAAAACAAUAUUGGUUUCUUGUGUAAUAACGCUCUUUUUCCAAAAUGGAUUCAGAUGACGACUACAUUGUCCAACAGUUCAGCGAUGAAGGAGGCAUCGAUUCGAGCGAUGACGAUGAAAUGGUUAUGAAAGAAUUUUACAAGCAAUCAGAGUCUGGGGGAAAAAAGUCGUUGAAAGAUUUUCAGGCUGAAAUGAACAAGGAAUUGGAGCUUCGUGUGGCAACUUAUCUUGAGAAAGAAAAAAUUCAAGAUCCAACAAAAUUUGGGAGUGAUGUUAAAACAGAAAGCAAGUCAAGAGAUCACUACUUUGACACUGAUUCUGAAGAAGAUGUCGAAACAGAAGAUUCAACAGCUCAAGCACAAUCUAAUAUGGAAUUAUUUUAUGAUCCUCAAAUGGAUCUCAAAGAUGAAUCCUAUGUACAAAAGCAGCGAGACAUGUACAGAAAGAAAUUCAAGAAUCAGGCCAAGCCCAAACUUUUACCUAACAGUGAUGCGGUGUUGAACUGCCCUGCAUGUUUUACAACUUUAUGCCAUGACUGUCAGAGGCAUGAAACUAUCAAAACACAGUACAGGGCUAUGUUUACUUUUCAUUGUCAAGUAGACAUGAGUGAGGUGAUGAAAAUUCCUCUGCAGUCACAGAAAAACCGUUCCAAGAAGACGGCGUCAGAUGAACCUACUUUCAGUGGGUCUGAAGAUGUUUAUCAUCCGGUACGGUGUUCCACGUGCAACACACAUGUGGCUAUGUUUGAUAGUGAUGAAGUGUAUCAUUUUUUCAAUGUCGUUACGAGUCAUUGAAUAAAGUCCCGUCUGUUAUUAUUUUUGUCAGUGUGUUGUUAAACUUGUGUGUGCACUUAAAGUUAUUGUAAUAAGAAAAUCAAGAGUCUUCGAGGACAAAAAUUUUGUGUAAUCGCCACACAUCAAAAGGGGGAGGAGAGGAAGUCACAAUUUCUUUUCAUGUGAAAAGAAAAUAAAAUAACGGAAGGGUCAGUGGGCAACGGUUCACACACCCAAAAGUAAUAUUCCGCACUGUGCGAACAAAACAUGGGAUUUUUUUAACCAAAAAACUAAUUAAUGAUGUGAAACGCUGUAAAACGGGUGGGAAUCAAAUGAUUAAGAGGAAUAUUUAUUCAAAAUAAUUCCUGUGUGUCUGUGUUAUCCAAUCGACUCGGCUACCAUCAAACCCCUAUCCCAGAUCCCUAUCGAAUUCGAAAUUGGAAAAGAUUUGCACAAAA